GCCUGCUUACAAUCGUAUAUCGUCUUGUGUUAAUUGCUUCUGGUUUUUUUGGGAGAAAGUUCGUCAAAAUAUUUGUAAUUAAGCUAAGGAAUUUAUGAUGGAGAAGUCUUCAAGACAAAUCUUACAGCAGCUGAGGUCGCUGAUGAAGAACAAGACACAUGUCAGUGAAACCAUUCAAGCCUACAUCAUCCCAUCUGGGGAUGCACAUCAAAGUGAAUACCUGGCUGAAUGUGAUCUCCGAAGAGGAUUCGUCACAGGAUUCACUGGCUCUGCAGGUACUGCUAUAGUAACUGAGCACAAAGCUGCCUUGUGGACAGAUGGAAGGUAUUAUUUGCAGGCUGAACAACAGCUUGAUGCCAACUGGAUCCUAAUGAAAGAUGGAAUGCUGGACACCCCAACAAAGGAAGAAUGGCUUAUUCAGGAGCUUUCUAGUGGGUCAAGAGUAGGUGUUGAUCCCUUCCUUGUCUCACUACAGGAAUGGCAAAAGUUGUCAAAGGCCAUGACAUCAAAUGGACUGUCCCUUGUAAAAACUGAAACCAACCUUGUUGAUAUUGUGUGGUCAAGUCAUGACAGACCUGCUCCUCCCUCAGAUGGAGUAACAGCUCUUAGUCUAAAUUAUGCUGGUAAAUCCUGGCAACAAAAAAUAAAGGAGUUGCGAGAAACUCUGAAGAAGAAGAAAGCUUAUGCGUUUGUGGCAACAGCCUUGGAUGAUGUCGCUUGGUUGUUCAAUCUACGUGGUUCUGAUGUUGAGUAUAAUCCUGUGUUCUUUGCCUAUGCUAUUGUCACUCUAGACGGCAUCAGCCUGUUCAUUGAUGAAACAAAGUUAGAUGCCGCUGUACGAAAGCACCUUGGGCUCAACGGGGUGUUUGAAAACGAUGAAAGUUUGCAUAUAACCAUUCGGGAAUACACUACCAUACAGAAUGCAGUGAAAGAGAUCGCUGAAAGUGAUAACAAAAUAUGGAUCAGCAAAACAUCAAGUGUGGCGUUGACAUCAGCUGUACCCAAGUUAAAUCUCAUAGACGAUGCUUCGCCCGUAGCUUAUGCUAAGUCUUUGAAGAACGACGUUGAAAGAGAAGGCAUGAGACAAGCACACAUCCGUGAUGCCGUAGCUCUGUGUGAAUAUUUUUGUUGGCUCGAACAAGAGGUUCCUAAAGACGAACUGACGGAGAUAACAGGAUCUGAUAAGCUAGAAGAACUGAGGAGGGAACAAGAAGACUUCGUUAGUCUCAGUUUUCCUACUAUCUCUGGCGUUGGAUCAAAUGGAGCCAUUAUUCACUAUCGACCAACAGAAGAAACUGAUCGUAUGAUUACAAAGGACAGUUUGUAUUUAUGUGACUCAGGAGCUCAGUACAUGGAUGGAACCACGGAUGUGACUCGAACAGUCCACUUUGGAAAGCCCACCCGACAUGAACAGGAAUGUUUUACACGAGUGUUCAAGGGUCACGUUGCUCUUGCCAUGGCAACAUUCCCCAACAAAACAUCAGGUCAUCGACUUGAUAUGUUGGCUCGUAAAGCAUUAUGGGAUGUUGGGCUCGACUACCAACACGGCACAGGACAUGGUGUUGGAGCAUUCUUGAAUGUUCAUGAAGGCCCACAAAGUAUUAGUUCUCGACCCAAACCAGACGAAGUGCCAUUUGAAGCCGGGAUGGACAUCACUAUAGAGCCUGGUUAUUACGAAGAUGGUAAAUUUGGAAUUCGUAUCGAGAAUGUUUAUAUAGUAAAGCAAGUUGAAUUGAAGAAUAACUUUCAGGGGAAAGGGUUUCUUGGUUUUGAGCCAAUUACACUCUUUCCAAUACAAACCAAGAUGUUGAUACCUUCAAUGCUCACCCCAGAAGAGAUCGACUGGUUGAAUAACUAUCACGAGUUAUGCGCAGAGACGGUUGGCGCUGUUCUGAGAGAACAAGGGAAACACCAAGCACUCAACUGGCUUCUGAAGGAAACAAGAACACUGGGGUAGAUUUUCUCCAAUCAAAACCAAAGGAAAGUUUCUUUUUUAACGCGGGAAUUCUUUGUAACCAAGAGAAUAUGAACUAGUUCAUUUUCUCUUGUCGUAACUCAUUACUAGGAUUUCUGUCAUAGCGCAUGAUUAUCUUGUUUGUGCACUAAUUGAAGCCCGCGAGUCCACUUUGAAGUACUUUGUACGGAUUGUUUUGUAACUCAUUACUAGGAUUUCUGUCAUAGCGCAUGACUAUCUUGUUUGUGCACUAAUUGAAGCCCGCGAGUCCAAUUUGAAGUACUUUGUACGGAUUGUUUUGUAACUCAUUCCUAGGAUUUCUGUCAUCUUCUUGUUAAUGCAGGAAAUUUACACCCGCAAAUUCACUUUGAGGCACUUUGUGCUUCGCUUUCAAACGUUUUGCACGAAUCUCCUCGGUUUGAAGCGUUUUCUAACCAGAUCUCGCUUUCAUGCGGUGGUGCAUUUACUGGAAAAAUGCGUUGAUAGUUCUCGACCAUGCAGCAAUAGAAAAAAACACGAAUACAGAUUCAUCCAACAUUUGACCAUGACACCGUGAACUGAGAAAACCUUUUUUAUUCAAUCUAGUUUAAUGAGUCGGUUUAGCAUUAUAUUGACCGAUCGAUAAUAUUUCGCCUAUAGGUUAACAAACGCACUCUGAACUAUAACAUGUAGUUACCUCUGUGGAUUCAUCAGAUAAACUGCACAACAUAUAAGACGUUAUUUUACAUUUUUCACUAUCACGCUUCUGAUUGGCCGAAAGCCCUGAGCCAGUUUCUGAUAUCGUUUGGACUUGACAUGAUAAAUGUAUUGUCUGUAGGCUUUUCUGAAAAUUUUUUUUUUAUAAUGUCCAGUUUACUCAAGGUCACUGCAGAGUUUGAAAUACUUUUGCUAUUUUCUUUUUGAAAACAAUUAAAUCUUUACCCUAGUUUACAAAAUGUAUAAUAAAACAAUUACUGAAUUGAA